CCAACCCUGAGGUUACCAACCAGUUUCUCAGACAAUUAGGUCUACAUCCUAACUGGCAAUUUGUUGAUGUAUAUGGAAUGGAUCCAGAACUCCUUAGCAUGGUACCAAGACCAGUCUGUGCAGUGUUACUUCUCUUCCCUAUUACAGAAAAGUAUGAAGUAUUUAGAACAGAAGAGGAGGAAAAAAUAAAAUCUCAGGGACAGGAUGUUACAUCAUCAGUGUAUUUCAUGAAGCAAACCAUCAGCAAUGCGUGUGGCACGAUUGGAUUGAUCCAUGCUAUUGCGAACAAUAAAGACAAGAUGCACUUUGAAUCUGGAUCAACCUUGAAAAAAUUCCUGGAGGAGUCUGUGUCAAUGAGCCCUGAAGAACGAGCCAGAUACUUGGAGAACUAUGAUGCUAUUCGAGUUACUCAUGAGACCAGUGCCCAUGAAGGUCAGACUGAGUCCUCCUCGCCAUCUUCAUCACAGCCUCAUUCUAGCCACUGCAGAACGAAGGCCUCAUCAUUGUGUCACCAUGCAUCCCUGCCCUGGGUCAAACGUAACCAUGUAGGCCCUGCAAAGGCUACCAGUCCAUCUCUCCGUCUUCGUCGCUGGCGACCCUUCUUACGCCUACCAUCUUUGGGUCUCCAUUCUGUUGCACCAAAUAUAGAUGAAAAAGUAGACCUUCAUUUUAUUGCAUUAGUUCAUGUAGAUGGUCAUCUCUAUGAAUUAGAUGGGCGGAAACCAUUUCCAAUUAACCAUGGGAAAACUAGUGAUGAGACUUUGCUAGAGGAUGCCAUAGAAGUUUGCAAGAAGUUUAUGGAACGUGACCCUGAUGAAUUAAGAUUUAACGCAAUUGCUCUUUCUGCAGCAUAGAUUGUCGAUGGAAACACUAAAUACUGCAUUAUUUGCAACAGAAGUUAAAUUUCUGCUGCCAUACACUAACUCAAAACUUUUGAUAUUUUCCUUAACUUGACUGAUUAAACUUUAUGUGAAUUAAACUUUGACUUAACCUGUGUUUUAUUUUUCCCCCAAGUUAAACCUGAAAAUUUUUCUUGCCCUUUCUUUUCUUUGUGAAGGAUUUAUCUUGUUGGAUUACUAGUAAUAGAUUUUGUAUUCUUUUUAAUGUGAAAUCAUUCUCAUGAUCUCAUGAGAGCUCAUGUCUUAGAACACCAGACACAAUGUACAAAUAAAUAUUUUGCCAUUUAUUUAGGAAAUACUUGUCGAGCAUCUCAUAAUGAGAUGGGCACUCUUCCAGGUGCAAGAAUUAGAGCAGUGAGCACUGUUAAAAAUUCCAUAGUCACAGAGAUUAUGUACUUGCAAAAAGAGAUGCAUGAUAAAUACAUAAGAAGAUACCUUACCAAGGACUCAUGCUAUUUGGAGGAUUAAACUAGGAUUUCUGUUAAUGAAUGACUGAGUAGAUUCUUUAGACUUUGUUGUCAGGGAAGGCUUCUGUGAUGAUGUGACUUUGAAGUUGAGUCCUUAAUGGCAAAAAGUAGACAGUCAUAAAAGUGGUGGUUAAGAGCAGAAAAAAGAAUGAAUGCUGAGUCUCUAAGGCAGGAAAAUCUUGCUGUAUUAUAUCACCAGGAAGAAGGUUCAAAUGGCCAGAACAUAGAAAAUAAUGGAAAAAGUUCCAACAGAUGAGGUCAGAGAAGAGGGAGCUUAAUAAUAUAGGAAAAGUCAUUUGAAUUUACUUCAACCAGGCUUAUGAUGGUAAGCUACUGGAAAGUUUUAAGCAGGAAGUGGCUUGAUAUGUUUUAUAGUUUUAAAAAAUCAUACUGACAAGUCUGAGAAUAACAUAUUUGAAGAGAGGGGUGAAAGAACAGAGGCAGAGAGAUUUGUAAAAAGCCCAAUAUAGUAGUUCAAUGAGAUGUUGAUGGCUAGAUCUUAAAAGUGAGACCCAUUUAGAUGGAGGUAAUUUAGCAAAUUGGGGUUGUACUGUAGGAGGAAGGCCUUCAGUUAGUCUGAUAGUUGAGAGCUGAGGGUGUAGUUUUGUUGUAGACAUUUGCCUAGACGGUGGCGAACUUAAGGCAUAUUUCACCAUCACUGGCCUAGCAUGUCAAUCCCCAGCACCACCAAAACCAGAAACAAAACACACCACACACACUAUAGUUGGAAGUCAAUGGAAAGAUGAAAGGGUUGGAUCAGAGAACAUGGUUUGACUGGGAGUGUUUUACGUAGGGAGUAGUGGUUUCUCUAGUGUUUACAUUGAUCAGAAUGUAUUGGGUUUCACAUUUAAAACCUGUACUGUACUUUAAAAUCUGUGUAAAAUCUGUACCUUUUACCUCAAAAAACAGAGUUUGUACAACUAUAGUAGAACAGCUAGAUUUGUCCACUAUGAAAUUCUGGACCAAUAAUAGAGUAUAGAUGUUUAUAUAUGAUUCACUGAGUAUAUGUGGAUUCCUAAGGCAGUAAUGUGGAGAAGUGCCUUUUCGAAAAAGUAAUGUGGCAGUGGCUUGCAGAGUGAAUUAGAUCUUUGUUAUUCGAAGUGUGAUUUGAAUCAGUAUUACCUGAGAACCUGCUAGAAAUUAAUUUCAGACUCUCAGCUCUAAAACCUGCAUUUUAGGGCCAGGGAUUUAGCUCAGUGGUUCCACCGCCUGCCUUGCAAGCACAAGGACCCGAGUUCGAUCCCCAGUACCAAAAAAAAAAAGUAAAACCUGAAUUUUUAACAUGAUCCCUGAGUGAUUCAUAUUACUAAGUUUGGGAAGCACUAAGUGAGAAAAAAUAUACUAUGAUGAGGAAAGUCACUUUUAAAGAUUUUUAAUUUACCACCAUUAUGUGGUGAAAAGGGCCUGGCUGAAGUGGUGACAAAGGGGAUAAAUAAUCUAAAACAAAUGCCAUAAAUUGUACGUGCAUGAUGCUUUUGUCAUGCUAUUAAUGACAGAAUAUUUUUGUUACAUUAUUUGCACUUUGUACACAUGUAUCUUGUAUAUUAAAUAUUUCUGAGUAGUUUUUUGCCUGUUGUUUUUGCUGGAUUUCUUCUAUUACAUACUUCCUUAAUAGAUUAUAAAAGUAAUGGCACAUUACCCCGAAUUCACAAUUUCUCAAAACUUCCUAAGACUUUGCAGACUAUUAAUGGGCAAGAGAAGUCAAAUAUAUUUUGUGUGUGUAUUGUUCCUUUAAAAUUUUUAGUACAUGUUGGUAGUACAUAAUG